AUGAGCCCCCCGGGCGCGUCCAACAAGCAGCCUCUGCUGGACUGCGAGCAUUGCCGUCCGCUACGGCGAGACACGAACGUCCUGGUGGCCUACCUGGCUGUCCAGGUCGUGUGUACCGUGAUCCUCACUUGUGGUGUCGAAGUCGUGUCGACGGAUCAGACCUUCCACCGGCUGGAGUUUGGCGCGACGUUCAUCUUUGCGCUCGUCACCACCUUCUCGCUGGUCUGCUCGCCGGAGCGUGACUUUUGCUCGCCGCUGCUGCUCAAGUUCCUCGUCUUCGCCAACGUCGGCGCGCGCGCCACACGGGAGAGGCCCGGUUGUGUUGGCGGGCGGGAGUGGCACGCUGGUAACACGCUCGUCUCCUUCCUUCUCGUGCUCGUCAACCUCGAGCGCUUCGAGACGGCGUCGCACCAGAUCGAGUAUGCCAACGAGCUGACGAUGGCGGGCGCGGAGUCCGCUGCACGCGGGGGAGGCGCGGAGCUGCUGCUCGCGGCGGCGGUGCUGUCGGAGAAGGGCGCGGAGGAGCGGGCGGGGAGGAAGCUGGUGGCGGCGGCGGUGCUCAGCUCGCUGCUGGUGGCGAGCGCGCAGCUCUUCAUCUACAACGUCCCCUGGGGCGGCGAGGUCCCCGCGCACUACCUCGAGUUUGCCUUUGGGACGCUCUGCGCGGGAGGCAACUUUUGGUUCUGCGUCGACAGCAUGGCGCUCGCCGACCAGCUCAAGCGGCAGAUCAUGCUCGCGCCCGAGGGGCUGACAGUGGUGAUCGACCCCUUCUCACGGCACGGGGUGCACGACCACAGCGAGCGAGACCACUACUACACGGCGCCGGCGCCGGCGGGCAGGUCGUGCUGUCCGCACGACAGCUGCGGCGGGGAGGCGCGCAUGCACGACCUGGGCUCGCACAGCCACGGAGGCUAUUGA